GCAGCCUGAGGGAUGUCUGAGCCUUCUCACACUCACACAUUGCAGACAGAUAGUAAAGUGCUGACUUCCAUCACUGAAAAGAUUAUAAGGGGGCGUGUUUUUGCAUCAGAGAGGGGUGUGCUCUUCAUAACGAGCAUUGCACAGUGAGAGAGGGCUCCUAAUCAUUCAUCUCCAAAGAGCGACUGGAGGCAGACGCACCGGUUCACCUUCCGCUGAAAAACCAUCAACAUGUUCUUCAGACGGGCAUGGCAGAGAGUCGGGCCGCUGGCACGGUGGCUCAUUAAGCCCAUAUCCAAGACCACUGCUCCGGUGCGACACAUGGCCUUUGGUCCUGGAGGCACCAGCAACUUGGCGUACGUUGUUUUAUGUGGAGGAGGCCUUACUGCCGCAGUCGUCUAUGCUUAUAAAACGGUUAACGGUGAUACUGAGCGUUAUGAGGACAGACUGGCCAACAUGAGCUCAAAGGAGAAAGCUGAAGUCACAUCAGAAGCUGUAUCUCCUGCAGUUGAACCUGCUGCUGCAGAGGAGGAGCCAGCUCCAGGAGCUGAGAUUACGGCCGAAUCUAUCCCUGCUUCCCCAGAACCGGUGGCUGAGACGUCAGCUGAACCGACUCCUGAGGCUGCUUUAGAAGAACCACCAGCUGGCGAGGUGUCUGAGGCAGAUGUUACAGAGGCUUCGACUGAGCCAGCGGACGCAGAGGGGCCUGCUCCUGUUGAGGUAGAAGAGACGGCUCCUCAAGCUGCCCCUGAAGUCGCAUCCGAGGCUCCUGGUGAGGAUGCAUCAGCAACAGAGAGCGCCGCUGGAAAGGCCCUCGGCAGCUCCAUCUUAGAGAUCAUCAACUCCUUUGUGGAUGAAGAGAGCCUGGUGAAUGCUCUGCAUCAAAUGUCAGCUGAUGGAAAUGACCUGAACUCCUUGGAAGGGGUUUGGGAAUCAGAAGCUCUAGGUGUAGUUUCAGAACUGAGCACAAAGGAAACAGCAGAGGCAGCUGUUGACCGUGAGGAAGAGAAUCAGCUGAGGUUGAGGAAAGAGGAGGAGGAGGAAAGAGCUGCUUCAUUUCCUGAGGUUGAAGACAACACUAUGAUGCCUGACUCUGCUCCUAAGGAAGCCAUUUCCUCAUCAGAGGCCUAUCCUGAAGAUUCUUUCUCCUCUGAUGAGGCUUGGCAUGCUGAGGAGGUCAUUGUCACUGCAGAGGCAACAAAAGAAGAGGAGGAGACAAAGUCUGAGGAGAUUAAAUUUGGGACAGUUGGUAAGACGACUCAGCUGGCAGCAGCCUCCACCAAGCCAAACCUAGACGUUCUUUCAGCUGCGGAACCAGAAUCUCCAUCAUCCAUGGGUCCAGUGGACAAGGAAGAACCUUGCCACAACUGCCACAAUUGUCCACCAUCAAGCAAGGCACCACCUCCUGCUCUGGGAGAGGAUAUGCCUGCUAUGGACCUCGCACAAGAAGCAAAGGAUAAGUCUUCACCGUUGACUAAACAACCCAUGGAGAAUGAAGUGGUGGCGACAGCCCAGUCGUGACAGAAAGCGUGCCUUCCUUAAUCAAGUCUGGGCGGCAGAAGACAAAAACAAGGGAAGAAGAGAUCACACUGAUGUGUUGUCCCUCAUGGCGGGUGUUGUUUUAGUUUUUGUCCACUAGGUGUUAGUAUUGGGAAACGUUUUGUGACGAAAAACAUUGUGAUGAACAACAGGCUGAUAGGUAUGUUAGUUAGCUUCUUAUCUAAGCAUUCAAAAGAGACUGCAGAUUUGUAUUGUUGCACAUGCAAACACAUAUUUUCAGGUAUUUAAGAACAUUUCAGCCUUAGUAUUAGGAAUUGAUGUGCUGUUAGAGAAAAUAUGAACACUGCAUAGAUUGUAACGCCUUAAGGUUUUAGCUAAAAGGCCUAUAUUUUAAUGCACAUUUCCUUUCUAAUUUUAUUUUGUCUGUCCAGAUGUUGCCCUGUGCAUCAAAUAAAUAUACCCAUGAAAAUCUAUGUACUCCCCAACUAUACCAGGGCUGUUAAAACAAACAGCUAAUAAGAGCAAUUAUCUAGCUGCUCUUCUGUUUUUUUAUGUGUUGCUAAAUGCUAAAUAAAAUUAAAAAAAAAAUACAAAUUUACUGUUCAUAUUUUUUUGGGCAUAUCAGAUAGAGGAUUAUAUUGAGAAAAAUAGUGAUUGUAGAUGGGAUCUUUUAAAUAUGUUUUUUGAGCUCUGCAUUACUGGGACUUAAUGAGGAAUGUAUCCUCUAGGCAAACGUUUGUGUUAUCAUGGCAAUGUGCUCACAUUUGAAAUAAAGUGGUGGACAACC